UUUGUGGGUUUGUCAAACAAAACUGUUUAAAUUACUCAGCCACAGGAGUUGAGCUUUCCAAAAGUGUCCUCUUUGCCAAGACUCUUGAACUGGAAGCAGAUCUUGAGGAAAUCCACAAUAUUAUUCUACUGCAAAGCCAUUUUAUUUACAUUGUGUUCUGCCUGACUGACUAAAAGGCUACCCAAAAGAUGGCUGGGAAACCCAAACUACACUACGCUCGAACGAGAGGGAAGAUGGAAUCCAUCCGCUGGCUUCUUGCAGCUGCUGGAGUGGAGUUUGAAGAACAAUUUCUAGAAAAAAAGGAAGACUUGGAGAAAUUACGUAGUGACGGCUGGCUGCUCUUCCAGCAAGUGCCCAUGGUAGAAAUGGAUGGGAUGAAGAUGGUGCAGACACGGGCCAUUCUCAGCUACAUCGCCGGAAAAUACAACCUCUAUGGGAAGGACCUGAAGGAGAGAGCCCUGAUUGACAUGUAUGUGGAAGGGACAACUGAUCUGAUGGGAUUGAUUAUGUCCCUUAUUUUCAAAUCCCCUGAGGAAAAACCAAAGCAAAGGGCCCUAAUUAUUGAGAGAGCCACAACCAGAUACUUCCCGGUUUAUGAAAAGGUUUUAAAAGACCACAGACAAGACUUCCUUGUUGGUAACAAGCUUAGUUGGGCAGACAUUCAUCUGCUUGAAGCUAUUCUAAUGACGGAAGAGGAGAAGCCUGAUAUUCUCUCUAAAUUCCCUCUGCUGCAGGCCUUCAAAACAAGAGUAAGCAACAUCCCCACCAUUAAGAAGUUUUUGCAACAGGGCAGCCAGCGGAAACCUCCACUGGAUGAUGAGUCCUUUGUAAAGAUCAAGAAAAUUUUCAGCUUCUGAAAACACCAGCUAUGAAGACUGCUGCAAAUACCAACAUGAUUUUUCCUGAUCUAUGCUGCUUCUCCACAUACACUUCUUACUAUUAAGGCCAUCAUACUAUCUGAGAGAUUUAACAGUGCAAUCUUAUAUACUGUAUGUCUAUGAAGAAGUGCUAUUGAGUUCAAUUAGACUUAUUCCCAAUUAGGUGUGUAUAGGAUUGCAGCCUAAAUAUAUAAAAUUGUUAUUCCUCUUGAUUUUAGAGCAGGGGUGUUGAACCUCAGGCCAAUAGGCCAAAUUUGGCCCACCUGGGGUCCCAAUAGGGCCUUCUUGCCUUCUCCAGGUGAUGCUGCCCCCUUCCGCCGGCCUUACCCCAUUCUCCUCUCAUUUGUGCUUUCCAAAUUGGAUGUGUUGGGUUUUGCAUGGCUUUUCCAUUUUAAAAGGUUGAAAUGCCUCUCCUAAGGCUUAAUUUCUGGCAGUAACAGCUUUAAGCUAAAAUAUGCUGGUAUUUUUGACAAGGCAGUCUCUCCCAAACUGAUGCCCUCCAAAUACAUUGGACUGCAAUUCCCAUCAUUCUUAGUUGACAUUGUACUCCAAUGCAUCUGGGCCUUAUCAACACUGGGAAUUUACUGCAGUGCAGUUCACCUCCCACACAGCCAUGACACAUGAUGUCACCCCCAAUUUGUAUCAGUCCAAAGUUUUCUUGUCAUAAAAAACACAUUUUUACCAAGUCCAUUUGUGAUGGAGGAGAGGAGUUCAUCCAUUGAGGAGUGGAGUUAACCCAUUCCUGUUGGCUAUACUCUCCGCUGACCAAGUUCAGGGUUCUGUGGGGGGUUUUAAAAAUAGUUUGCUAAUGCCUGAACUGAAGAGUGAAUGCGAAGGGGCUUCCCCUCUUCCCUUGUCUUUUGGGGUGGGGGUGGGGUGGGGAGUUUGGAAUGUAUUUUCAAGUCUUCCUAAUUCUCUCAUUUGGCUUUUUUAUUUCUUUGCCCCCAGAAAUAACUAGCUGAAAACGUAUCAAUAUACAUGUUUGCGCAGAAGUAAAUCACAUUUUCUUCAAUGAGGUUUACCCUUCAGAAAGUCAGCACUUACUUUUGGGAUGGCUCUUAAAAAAAAACAA